AUGGUGAAGUUGAUGGUGACUUUGAAGAGGUGCAUGAGGGUCAAUGGUGAUGUUGUUCAAGUAAAUAGUGUAGUUGAUGAUGACUUAGAAGAGGUGCAUGAGGAUGAAGAACAUAAAGAUGAUGUUGUUGAAGUUGAUGUUGUAGGUGAUGGUGACUUACAAGAGGUGUAUGAGGGUCAAGAAGCUGGUGAUGGUGUUCAAGUAGAGGUUGAAGUUGACGGUCACGUAGAAGAGUUGCAUCAGGUUGAAGAAGAGCAAGACUUGAAUGUGUGUGAAGGAUUUGUGGAGGAUGAAGUUAGUCUUUCUAGUUGGAGUUCGUCUACUGAUGAAGGUGAUGUACAUGGAAAUAAUGAGUGCUUAGAGGGACUAGUAGAUGUGAGUGUUGAAUGUGAUAUAGACAGUGAUGUAGAUGGUAAUGCGGAAGUAGAAGUACAAGUAGAAAGUAUUGAUGAAAUUGAUGAAAGUGAUGAUGUGAGUGUUGAUAAUGGUGAUCAUGAUGAUAGAGGUUUGUCAGAUGAGGAUUGGAAAUCUGAGGAAUUACUUAGUGGAUGUGAUAGUGAUGAAGAGGAUAAUGACAUUGAAGGUUAUGGGAGGUUUGGUACUUUUUCUAUGCCAAAAAUUAUGGUAGACUUUACAUGGGAAGUAGGGACUUUUUUUGCAGAAAAGCAAGAUAUUUUAGAUGUUGUAAAAGGGUAUGCAUUGGAAAAUAGGAGGAAUAUAAAGUCUGUAAAAAAUGACAAAAGAAGAUUGAGGCUGAAGUGCUUUGGUGCAAAAGGAGAAUGCCCAUGGACCAUAUACUUUGGUUAUAUGGAGGCUGUAAAAUCAUGGCAGUUGAGAACUAAAACAAACAUUCAUACAUGCAGCAGGGAGUUCAACCUGAAGCUACUUGAUGCCAAGUGGUUGAGCAAAAAGUUACUGACAACAGUAAGGGAAAAUUCUAAAAUGAAGGGUGUAGAAAUUCGUGAAAUAGUUCAAAGGAAUUGGAACAUUGGUAUAUCUAGGUGUAUGGCUUAUAGAGCCAAAGCUAUUGCUUGUGAUGACAUUGAUGAGUCUUUUAAUGAACAAUAUAAGAGGAUAUAUGAUUAUGCGCAUGAGGUGUUGGGAAGAAAUCCAGGAUCUACAGUUAAGGUGGAGGUUGAGAAUAAUAAAGAUGAGGUUAUUUUUAAGAGAUUUUACUGUUGUCUGAAGGCAUGCAAAGAUAGGUUUGUGUGUUGUAGGUCAAUAAUUGGAUUAGAUGGAGCCUUUUUGAAAGGGAAGUACGGUGGUGAGCUGUUAACAGCUACUGGGUGA